UGUUGCAGAAUGUGUAUUAUUGCGUACUCGCCGAUAUGGGUAAAAAGGUCAAAUUAAACAACAAAGCCUACAAUUCUCCCAUCGUCUCCAUCGAUGGAAAACGUUGUCAGAGAAUUUUCGACUUGGCAAGAGGUAGCCGACCACUGGUGCUCAACUUCGGCAGCUCAACCUGUCCUGUUUUUAUGAAAAUGUUGAAAAGAUACCAAGUGCUAAUUAAGGAGUUUUCAGAGAUGGCCGAUUUUGCUGUGAUAUACAUUGAAGAGGCUCAUCCCGUCGAUGGCUGGGCAUUUAAGAAUAACAGUGACAUCCCGAAGCACCGUACUUUAGAUGAAAGAUGCAAGGCCGCCCAAAAAAUGGCGAAAUCCUUGGAUCUCUCCGGCUGCACUGUGGCGGUAGACAGCAUGCUAAAUGAAGCCAAUAUCGCAUACGGUGCUGUUCCAAUCCGCUUAUACAUUGUACAAGAUAAAAAAAUUGCAUAUGAAGGGGGCGCAGGUCCCAUGAAUUACCGGGUGCAUGAGGUCAACGAAUGGCUACAACGCGACAGAACAAGAAAAUCACUUAAGGAGCAGAACUUUUAAGUGUGGAUGAGCGAUAAAAUUCUAUUUCUGAAAAAUUGAAAGUGAAACGAGAGUCGGUCGAAGAUCAAGUAGAGAGCGAUAGCCGACCUCAGAAAAUCCACAAGGAAACAAGAAAGACGCAUUGUCCUUACC